AAAAUCCGAAAUUCAAUGUUUUUUGUUUUUCAAAAGAAUCUGGAAAAUAAUAAUCAUAGAUAAUUUUCUUUCAACAUUUAAUUUUCCGUAACACAGAAUAAAUGGCAAAUAAUCUGUCUUUAUUGUUAUUGCUAGUUCCUACAGUAAUGAUAUCAACUUUAGUCCACCAUCAAUCACAUUAUUCAUCCAAUGAUGAUGAAUUGAACGUCAGGAUAUCAUCGAUCAGAACUGCCAAUCCUCAUUAUCAUCAUAAUCAUCAUGAUCAGAUAAUGCCAUUAUAUUUUGCAGUAACAAAUCUAAAUGAAUCUACAUUAUUGUCCAGUUUUAUGAAUCAAAAUUCGACCAACAUUAAAAAAUUUAUGAAUCUUGUCAACAAUGAUGAGAUUUCAUUUUCAUCAUAUCCGGAAAGACAGAUAUCGGCAACCGGAAUUCAUAGUGGCGGCAGCAUCACCAAUAUUGGCGAUGAUGGUAAUGAUCAAUUUCGUCGAAUCGAUCGACUAGUUGAAAUGUCAUAUACAUUUCGUUCAGUUAUGGUUGUCAUUUAUAUGCUGACUGCUUUCGUUGCCUUUAUAGCCAACAUAGUGGCAAUAUUAAUUUUAAAUUAUAGUCGACGUACUAGCCGUCAAUUGAAUUUAUUCUUAUCGAAUCUUGGCUUCAGUGAUAUUAUAUUUGCCAUAUUCAACAUACCAUUCACAUAUAUUACAUUAAUUUAUAAUACAUGGUGGUUACCUGAAUUUCUUUGUCCAUUAACCAGUUUUGUUCAGGUAUUGGCACCAACUGUUGCAUUCUAUACACUCAUCGCUAUUGGUAUUGGUCGGUAUUACGUCAUUGUAACCGGACAAGAAUCACUUUUUCUUACAAAAUCUAGCCACACCAAAUCAGUGAUUAUAUUCAUAUGGAUAAUGUCCGGUCUGAUUGCAUCGCCCAUAUUAAUUGCGACAAAAAUUUCACCAGUAAUCUAUGUAAAUGAAACCUAUGUAGAAUGUACAGAAGAUUGGAGUUUUCUUGAUCCAACAAAUAGUCAUUCAAUUGGUACGAUUUAUACGAUUAUUGUAUUCGUCAUGACAUUCAUAUUACCGGUGGUUGCAUUAACCUAUUUGUAUGGCCAUAUUGGUAUUAUUGUUUAUAGGCAUAAAUUUCCCGAAGGAAAUGAUAAUCGUGUCACAAAUCAGAAUCUAACUCAAACUAAAGUAAAAGUGCUCAAAAUGCUUUUGUUGUUGGUGAUAUCAUUCAUAAUUUGUUGGAGUCCAUGUCAAAUAUUCUAUCUAAUGCUUUGGAUAUUUGAAGAUAUACGUCAAGAUCCUAAUGCUGUCAAUGUUGAUAAUGAUAAUGAUGUUGCUGCUGUUGGUUCAAGCUAUUAUUCAAUUAUCUAUUAUUCCAUAUAUUUUAUUUCACAUUGGUUAGCUUGUUCACAUACAAUUAUGAAUCCAUUCAUCUAUUGUUUUUGUAGUAAUAAUUUUCAGAUGACAGAUUUGGCAGCCAUUAUUUGCUGUAAAGUAAAUCGUCAUGAUUCAUGGAUUAAUCGAUCACAUACGAAUACCAACAAUGUUAUAAUCAUCAAUAACAACAACAACAACAAUAACAAUCAUAACAAUGAUAAAAAAAUGAUAAAAUUUUCAACAUCAUUUAAAAAAACUGAUCAACCAAAAUGGUGUGUAAAAGAUUCACCAACACCACCAUUAUCAUCAUCACCAAUUCAACCAACAAUCAAUGAUUCGAUUAUUAUGCUCAAAUCACAAAACUCUAAAAAUAAUAACAAUAAUUUUAUGACCUAUCAAGUUUGA